CUUGGAAUUGAGUUGAGAUUUUUUCUAAAUAUUUGUGUUCGGAGCAGUUAGAUUUAGAAAUUCAUACCGUUCGGACGGAGAAUCUCAGCUUUAAUGCUCUAUUACAAAAUGUUCUUUCUCAGCCACGCUCACAUUCAGCGCGUUCAAGACACCCGCAUCCACUCGUCGUACUACCCAUGUGGGGUCCACACAGUCCUACAGUCCACCAAAAUUAUUAAAUAUUUUUUUAAAAAUAAAUCUGUUUUGUGGCGAAGAGUAAAUAAGAAAGAAAGGAGGGUCUGACUCACUCUCGAUUAUGACCCGACGGCUCUACAAGAAGCUCCGUCUCUCUCUCGUCCCCUGCAAGCCGCGCCUCCGCUUUCUCUCUCCUCCUCCCCACCUCUCUCUCUCCUCCACGCUCCACCUUUGCAAGUCCCUCGCACGCGCCCUCGCCGCCAAAACCCCAGCGCUCUUCUCCCCCCACUCCGAAGUUCACCACGCCAUGGACGGUUCCUUCGGCGACGACGCCUUCUGGGACCUCGACUUCCGCCCCCAUUUCCGCUCCCAGCGCCCCCGCCUCCACGACGACUACGACGACAACGGCGACAGCGACGGCGUUUUAGGCAAUGCGGUUGAUAAGGUCUAUCUCGUUCCCUACAGGUGGUGGAAGGAGGCUCGGACGGAGGAGGAUUGCAAUGGAGGGGUCCUGUACACUGCUACGAUGGAGGACGACGACGACGACGACGACGACGACGACGACGACGACGCCGCCGCUGAAAUUGUACUGAAUUUGAAGAAGAACGACGUCGUUGAAGAGGGGUUUUCGGGGCGCGAGUACGCCUUGGUCCCUGAAUCAACGUGGUGUCGCGCUCUCAUACGGCAUAAUGAUUUCAACGCAGCAAAGAAGGAUAACGUGAGCUUUUUUGGUGCAGAAAACUUGUGGAAGGAUAUUUUUUCUCUACAAAUUAGGCUAUUGGUUUCCUGGGAAACAAAUUCAUUGUUCGUAAAGAUCAGCCAAAAGGAUAAUGCAAUAGUCUCGUACAAGAGGGCCUGUAAUAUUUUCAGUUCAGAGUAUGUUCCGUUGCUUAUUUGGGACUUCUCUGGGCAGACAACCCAAUUUUUCAUGAAUGACAGAGUUGAUUUGCCAAGCAAUAUUUCUGAACAGCUGAACAAAGAGAUUCUCCUUGAAUUGCGACUCCAUGGAUUUUCAGAUUAUAUGAAAGGUACAGAUUGGAGGAGCGAUGAACUGGCUGAUAAAGAGUCAAGUUUGGAUGGUUCUACUUCUACUUAUGGUGGCUCUAUUAAGAUGAAUGGAACAACUGACUAUGUGAAUCCUUAUUUAACUCCAAUUAACUCCUUGCAAAGUGGUAUAAUCUAUAGAGGAGUAUGUUCCUUAGGCCUUACUGGACUAGAGAAUCUUGGGAAUACUUGUUUUAUGAACAGUGCCAUCCAAUGCUUGGUGCAUACUCCGAAGCUGGUUGAUUACUUUCUAGGAGAUUACCGGAAGGACAUAAAUUACGCAAAUCCACUAGGAUUGAAAGGAGAGCUUGCUUUAGCAUUUGGAGAGUUGUUGAGGAGGUUAUGGGCUCCAGGUGCAAGGCCAGUGGCUCCAACAAUGUUCAAGUUAAAACUUGCUAAUUUUGCUCCCCAAUUCAGUGGCUAUAAUCAGCAUGAUUCCCAGGAACUUCUUGCUUUUUUGUUGGAUGGUCUCCAUGAAGAUCUAAAUCGUGUAAAAUGCAAGCCAUAUAUUGAAGCUAAGGAUGUAGAGGGUCGUCUAGAUGAUGAAGUAGCAGAAGAAUAUUGGCAAAAUCACCUUGCUCGGAAUGACUCAAGCAUUGUUGAUGUGUGCCAAGGUCAAUACCGAUCAAAAUUGGUUUGCCCUGCUUGCAACAAGGUGUCUGUUAUGUUUGACCCAUUUAUGUACCUUUCGAUACCGUUACCUUCAACAUCAAUUCGGACUAUGACUUUGACGGUCCUAAGCACAGAUGGGACUGCGAUGCCAUCUACACUUACUGUGACGGUGCCCCAGGGUGGGAGGUUGAUGGAUCUUACUAAUGCCUUAAGCACUGCCUGUUGCUUAAGAGAUGAUGAAACUCUGUUGGUAGCUGAGAUAUACAAGAGUAGUAUUUUUCGUGUACUAGAAGAUCCAUUUGAUUCAUUAGCCUUGAUCAGAGAUGGUGACCUGUUGGUUGCUUAUCGGUUACCAAAGGAUUGUGAGUCGUCCCUUUUGGUUACUUUUAUUCAUCAGCAGAUGGACGUGGGCUACAGUAAUGGAGACAUGAGCUUAGUCCCAUUGGCGUUUGGCGUUCCCCUCAUAGCAAGGUUGCCUGAUGUUUGCAAUGGAUCUGAUAUUUGUAACGAGUUCCUGAAAGUACUAAAUCCUUACUUGAUGCCUACUGGAGAUGCAUUAGAUAUUUUUGAUGAUGAUACUGGAAAUUAUGCUACUGAAGAUUCUAGCAAGGAGGAUGCUACUACUCCUACGAUUAUGGAUAAUGAUGCUUACUCGGACAGGGAAUCAGGGGAUGAAGCACAUUUGGAUAAUGACUUCCAGUUUUACUUAACAGGUACAAAGGCAGCUACAGAAGACACCUUGAUAGAGAUGAAUGAGCCAAUAGUGGUCUCAAAGUUGCCUAAGAGGUUGAGUGUUCUUGUUUUAUGGUCCGAUAAAAUGACUAAAAAGUAUGAUACAUGCCUUCUAAGCAAUUUGCCGGAAAUUUUUAAGCCCCAAUUUUUUGUGAGGAGGCCUCAAGAAUCUGUUUCUCUGUACAAAUGCCUGGAAGCCUUUAUGAAGGAAGAACCUUUAGGACCAGAAGAUAUGUGGUACUGCCCUACCUGCAAGAGGCCUCAGCAAGCUAGCAAAAAGUUAGAUCCUUGGAGGUUGCCUGAGAUUUUGGUUAUUCAUCUGAAAAGAUUCUCGUACAGCCAUUAUUUUAAGAACAAGCUAGAAACAUUUGUUGAUUUUCCAGUUCAUGAUCUUGAUUGUUCACGCUACAUUUCCCACCAAAGAAGCCAGUUAUCCAGCCGAUACAUGUUGUAUGCGAUUAGUAAUCACUAUGGUGGCUUGGGCGGUGGUCACUAUACUGCAUUUGCUCAAGAUUGUGGAUUUCUUUCUGCAAGCAAAUUUGCGUUUCUUUUGAACAUGGACCUUUCGAAUGACAUGGGUUUUAAAACAACAACUUUCCCUUGCAGCUCGGUGAUGGUUCGUGGUAUGAGUUUGAUGAUGACAGGGUUUGUCCUGUUAGGGAAGAGACGAUCAAGACAUCAGCUGCAUAUGUUCUUUUCUACAGAAGAAUACCAAAUGUAUAAUCACCUAGACAGAUGUAUAGUUAACAAUUGGGAAGCAGGUUGCGGGAGGAGGGACGACGGGCGUAGAUAUCGGAGAGUGAUGUUCAUAGAGAAAUGGAGCAGAUGAUUCAUGUUGUACAGCUUUUAAUUCACCUUGUAUAUAUACUUGACCCAGAAAAAUGCUGAAAUACCAUCAAUUGUUCAACAUUUUUGUCAUCUCACCUUUUGGGUUAUUUACGGCACAUUUUAGCAUUUGUAAUUCACUCCAGUUUACUUGCAGGCUUGCAGCUA